ACCUGUGCGCCAUUCUUUGUGGUAGACCCGGAUCCUGGUAACACACAGUGUCAGUUUCCUGCCAAGGACGGAUGAGAUUGUGGUGCUGGUGGCCGGUGCUGUGUCUGAGCAGGGCUCCUACAGCACCUUGCUGGCUAACGGGGGGGCCUUCGCUCAGCUCCUGAGCACGUAUGGGAACCAGGAGGGCAACACCCCCGAGGGGGAGGCCACAGUUGGAGCUGCAGAGGAGCAAGACGGUGGGGUCCCUGAGACUAGCACGGAGGACGUGCCAGCCGACAUAGUGACCAUGACCCUGAAAAGAGAAGCCAGCAUUCAGCAGAGAGGAUUCAGCCGCAGCCUCAGCACCAGCAGCACCAAAUCCCUGCGAAAGGCCCUGCAAGCGGGUGAGGUGGGGCCCAAGGGCAAGCAGCCUGCCGAGGAGGUGACAGGACAGAGGCUGAUUGAGAAGGAGGCCAUGGAAACGGGGAAGGUGAAGUUCUCCCUGUACCUGCGGUACCUGCGCGCCGUGGGCUGGGGAUUCUCCGCCUCAGUUUUCAUCACCUACGUUGCACAAUAUGCUGCCUUCGUGGGGUCCAACCUGUGGCUCAGUGACUGGACCGACGACUCGCUGCGGUACUGGAAUCAGACCUACCCAACCUCUCAGCGGGACAUGCGGAUCGGGGUCUUCGGGGCGCUGGGCACGGCGCAGGCUGCCUUCCUGCUGGCCGGAGCCCUCCUGGCUACCCGAGGUACCAUCCGGGCCUCCCGCAUGCUGCACCAGCAGCUGCUCAGCAAUAUCUUGCGAGUGCCCAUGAGCUUCUUCGACACGACCCCCACAGGUCGCAUCGUCAACAGAUUUGCCAAGGACAUCUUUACCGUGGAUGAGACCAUCCCCAUGUCCUUCCGUAGCUGGCUGACCUGCUUUCUGGGCAUCAUCAGCACCCUGCUUAUGAUCUGCCUGGCCACCCCCUACUUCGCUCUCAUCAUCAUUCCCUUGGGCAUCUUCUAUUUCUUCCUGCUGCGCUUCUAUGUCUCCACGUCCCGCCAGCUGAGACGUCUGGAUUCCGUCACCAGGUCUCCCAUCUAUUCCCACUUCGGUGAGACAGUGUCAGGCCUGUCUGUAAUCAGGGCCUAUGGACACCAGGAGCGGUUUCUGCAGCACAACGACCGGAUCAUGGACAUGAACCAGAAAAGUGUUUACUCCUGGAUUGUCUCGAAUAGGUGGCUGGCCGUCCGCCUGGAGUUUGUCGGGAAUCUGGUGGUUUUCUUUGCGGCUCUCCUAGCCGUGAUUACGAGGGACUCUCUGGGGAGUGGCAUCGUCGGGCUCUCCAUCUCCUCUGCACUCAACAUAACCCAGACACUGAACUGGCUGGUGCGGAUGACGUCGGAGCUGGAAACCAACAUCGUGGCGGUGGAGCGAGUGCACGAGUACACAGAGGUGGAGAAUGAGGCUCAGUGGGUGACGGAACAGCGACCACCCCCCGGCUGGCCUAGCAAAGGCGAGAUCCAGAUUACUGACUACCAGGUCCGGUACCGACCUGGGCUGGAGCUGGUUCUUCAUGGGCUCACCUGUGAUAUUCGGAGCACUGAAAAGGUCGGGGUUGUGGGCAGGACAGGGGCUGGGAAAUCCUCUCUCACCAACUGCCUCUUCCGGAUCCUGGAGGCUGCAGGAGGGAAGAUCGUGAUCGAUGGGGUGGACAUAUCGACCAUCGGCCUCCACGACCUACGCCAGAGCCUCACCAUCAUCCCCCAGGACCCGGUGCUGUUCUCCGGGACUUUACGGAUGAAUCUGGACCCGUUUGACCAGUACGCGGAUGAGGAGAUCUGGAAAGCCCUGGAGCUGGCCCAUCUGAAGACAUACGUGCUGGAUCUACCUGAAAGACUGUCCCACCAAGUGAGCGAAGCAGGGGAGAACUUGAGCGUUGGGCAGCGGCAGCUGCUGUGCCUGGCCCGAGCCCUGCUCCGCAAAUCCAAGAUCCUCAUACUGGAUGAGGCAACAGCCGCUGUGGAUCUGGAAACAGAUCAUUUAAUCCAGACAACAAUCCGGAGUGAAUUUGCCAACUGCACUGUCCUCACCAUCGCCCACCGCCUGCACACCAUCAUGGACAGCAACAGGGUGAUGGUGCUGCAGGCGGGGCGCAUCGUGGAGUAUGACAGCCCUGAGCGGCUGCUCCAGCAGCAAGGCCUUUUCUCGACCAUGGCUAAGAACGCCGGUAUCGUGAGUGCUCAAGCCACGGUGCUGUAGGAGAGCUGGAGCUGACAGGGUAAGCACCCUGCCCAACACUGGCGCACCCACAUCCAGAGUCAGAACGUAGGGCAGGGCCCACCGCAAACUGGAACGGACAAACAGCGUAUUGCCAGAACCUGUUUCUGUUGCCUCAGUGUGCCUGGCAGCUCCGAGCAGCAGGGCCUGCCCAGGACUUCACUCCUCUUCACCUGGGACUAAAGGAGAGAGUGAAGCCGCUGGGCUCUGAGUCCCUUGAAGAGGGGGCUUCGGGGCUGGGCUAGACAAGGCUAGGACUUACUUCACCGCAGGCAGCAGCUCUGGGCCUGCUGCUGCCAUACCCUGGUUCAGAUCCAAACCCCGCUACGUGGGGGUAGCUUCAAUGCAGAUGUGCCCAGGCCAGACCCCAUGUGCACAUGGGCAGCAGCUCUAACAGACACCUGGGGUGGCUUUGACCUGACACGCAGUCUGGGAGUAGCUUGGCUGAACGUGGGGGUAAUUUUACAAUCACUUUACUUAUUGGUCCUUAUUUUCAAGGCACUCAAUGGCAUAGGCCCAGGAUAGCUGAAAGAUUAACUAAAGCUCCAGCCUGAAGAGCGUGUUUGACAGUACUGCACCUCUAGCAGAGUGGAGCUCUCUACCGCAAGGCAAAGCUGGGCAGGAGACAGCUGCCUCAGGGGCCAGUCCAGGGCUCGAACCAUCUGGCCCAUCGCAGAGCUCCUCCCCUUCUGCUCCAAGUGCCAGGCACACUGCUCCAAGCAGCCUUCCCCAGCAGAAAGUGUGUGUCAGGACAGUGUAAAAAGACGUAUGCCCUGGGGAGAGGCUGAGAGCACGAGUGAACCCUACGACAUGUUAGACCCAUUGCUUUAAUGCAAAAAGCAACAGAGGGUCCUGUGGCACCUUUAAGACUAACAGAAGUAUUGGGAGCAACAGCUUUCAUGGGUAAGAACCUCACUUCUUCAGAUGCAAGUAAUGGAAAUUUCCAGAGGCAGGUAUA